AGAAAAACAGAAAAAAAUUACGGUUUGCAUGCGGACAGCAGAGAGAAAAUGGAGAAAGAAGAAAGGAGGAGAAAGAUAAUAGCUCGAGGGACAGAUCGUUUGGCUCUCAUCACUGGCCGGAUCCAGACACUCGACCCCGAACCCAUUACCAAGUGUUCUUCGUUUACCGCCUCUCGCCAAGAUCGUUAUCCACCCGCGCAACACGCCCGCUCCUCAUCGGAACCUGUGGCCGCGAAUGACGAGGAGCUGUUUCGAUAUGUUGAUCGAAAUGGUGAAGACGAUGCGUUUGAUACAGUAAUGAGACACGGCAAUCGUCAGGAUGUUGCUAAAGGAAAUGAUUCAGAAAGCAGAGCUUCUAACCUGCUGAAGCUUGAGCAGAAAGAAGUAGCUACAUUAUCAUCAGAUAAUGUGAAUUUACAUGAGAAACUAUUUAGCUUUUAUCUUGGUUCAAUAACUCUCAAGGAAAUAAAUUUUGGCAUAAUAUCCUCAGAAGAUACACGGGUUAUGUGUUCUAUGGCUAUAGCUAUUUUGGUAGUUUUAUCUAAUGUUACUCUUCCUCAUGAUGUAGCAAAGCCAAAGAGCCUUAUCGCCUACCGGCCCAUUUUUGUGGUAUUGCUCACUGACAUGUUUAUAUUGGCUGCGAAAUUGGCACCUUAUGCUCAAAUAAGAAAGGAAGAUAAAGAACCACAAGUUGAGGAAAACGGAGGUGUAGAGAAUUGGGGAGGAGCUGUUCAGUUGUUAGAAAUUGGCGUAGUUUUGCAUCAGACGGUCCGUGCUCUCUUCAUAGAUUUCAGUUUUUACUUGGUGGUUGUUGUAUGUGGCCUUUCCCUGAUAUGAAGCUUGCUCUGAUCAAAUCUGGCCUGACUAGCUUUCCUCCUACCUAGGACCGUCAACAUGGAUGUUGGAGUUUCGUUCUUCAUUAAGAUAUUAGGGUAAGUUUCGCGUGAGUUUCUUGUCUUGAAGCCCCAAGACCGGCAAGAAUGGAAAAGCUUUGUGGUGCGCUGUCAGACGUCAGCUACGAACAAUGCUGCCAAAUGUAGAGACUUGGAUAAGUUGAUUCAGAAGAAUAUAAUUGCAAAAAAAGUGACUAUUAGUAGUUCAGGUGUUAUAUACAAAAUAAUUUCCAGUUCAGGUAUUAUAGACCAACUAUUAGCUGCUCGGCUUUAGCUGUUACUGAAAAUUCCCUGUUUGCCGUUUUGUGAUGUUCUGAUAAGAGCUGAGGUGGAAAACUGAUAUGAGAAAUGUACGUUUUGAGUGUUUCGACAGAUGAAAUUUUCUUGGUAUUGAAUUGGAAAGAAAGAAUCUGUUC